AUUUUCAUUUAACCCUAAAUAGAUUCCCUCCCAAAAUUCAUACCCAGAUCUCAUCUCAUCUCGUACUGAUACCCCUCUUCUCUUUUUGUCUAAUCUCUACUCUGAUUGAACGCGAACCGAAGGAAGAGGAACAUAAAUCUGAAGCCAUCCGAUUUUAGACGUUAAUCGGAGCUCUGAAAACCAAUUAAGGACUGACGUGGUUAAGCAUCAUGGAAGUUGAAGAAGAAAGCGAUUUCUCGGAUAGGGAUUUGACAGGUGAAUCUGAAAGCGAUUUCUCGGAUAUGGAUUUGACAGCACACAAAACAAAAACACCAAAGAGGGGGUUGACCAGGUUACCAAAAAUGCGAACAGCAUUUACAAACUCGGGUGGAAAAAAACACAAAGUUACAUUUGAUGAAUUGCAGAAGUUUUCUGGGGAAUACAGAUCAGAAUUUUCAAGUUUUUUCGGAGACCUAGUAAGAGAACAUGUCGGAUUUAGGUUUUUAGCAUGGAAAACAGUGCCAACAGAAGUAAAGGAUAAACUGUGGGAGGAAAUAACGCGUUUUUAUGACAUUGAUGCAUGUCGUAGGCGUUUUGUAAUGACUCGGCUUGGUGACCUGCUUCGAAAUUUUAGAAGAAAAGUAUAUGCGGGAUACAUAGUACCUAACUUAGGUAAACCAAAGAAACUUGCACGAAUUCCUAAGAGGUAUCGUUCAAUGGUGGAGCAAACAGACUGGGACAAGUUUGUAACAUAUACACAAUCAGACGAGUUUAAGGAUGUGUCAAAUAAGAGAAAAACAGCACGAUCAAAAUACGUUUAUGAUCAUCACUUGGGACGAGGAGGGUAUGCUUAUCUAAGAGAAAAACUGGUACAAAAUAACGAACUUUCAGUUGAUGAGAUCCCCUCUCGUGCUUUAAUGUGGAGGAAAGCAAGGGAAAACAAAAAUGGAGAAUACAAGAAUGUUGAUGUAAAAGACAUAGCUGAUAAAAUAAUUGACACUGAAACGCAAAUUAAAGAUGGAUCCGUGAACCUUGAUCCGGGCACGGAUGCACUCACAUUAGUAUUUGGCAAAGAAAAAGGUGGGUAUUUAAAAGGUGUUGGUUAUGGAGUGACUUCUAGUAGAUAUUGGCAGAGUCCUCGAACAAAAGGAUCAUCAAAAGAACGAAUUGCACAACUGGAGUUUCAACUACAUAACGAGAGACUUGAGCGUGGGAAAAAAGAUGAACAAAUUAAGACCCUUUCGAUGCAGAUGGCAGAAACAAAUAACACACUUAAUCAAGUUUUAGCUCAUCUGGCUGCACAAGGACAAACAUUACAAAUAUGUUCAUUAUCUGCAGACAAAAUGUCACAAACACAAGUAAAUUCUUUGGAUAAACAUGACAGAUCAAAGCAUAAGGCCAAUGCUACCGCAUCUAAAAUAGUGCAAAAAGAAAUGGCACCAACGGUAAAAUCUAUGAACAAUAGUACUGGAUCAAAGGACAAUACUAAUGUUACCACAUCUAACAUAUCAAGUAAAGUAGUGCAAACAGAAGUCACUUCUCAUGCUAACACUUCUAAAAUGGUGCAAAAAGAAAUGAUAACGGAAAAUGUGAAAACUAGAAAAAAAGGUGUUUUGUCUACGCAAGAGACUUCACUUCUUGGGACAUCAUCGCAGUUGGAAUCACAAGAAAAUAUACAUAAUACACAUUCAACAAAUGUUCUAGAGAUCAAGUGUACUCUAUAUACUAUAAAUAUGAACAACUGUGUGGCUUAUGGUACAAUUCAUUUGUCAACGGGAAAACAAAGCAUUCAUGGAGUUCCACUACAAGAUAAUUGCUAUAGAGUUUCUAUUGAUAAAGUUGUAAAAGAAGCAACAUUUCUACCGGUAGAAUCAUGUGAGGUCAAAACAGUUGGGGAUGCACUAAAUACUUUUGUUGCUUGGCCAAAAUACCUUGUCAAAACUAGCCAAAAGAUACCAAAUCUAUCAAGCAUUCAAACACAAAACACUACAACUCAAGUCGCUAAAAAGCAAAAGAUGUGUUUUACAACGCUAGAUGACAUCAAAAAACAGGGAGCAAGAAGAACAAGAAAAACACUUUAAACUAGUACUUAUUUUAUGUUUACAAUCAUUUCCUUUUGCAACAUUUGUAGAUAGUUUUUUAUUAGAAGUUUAGUUUUUUAUUAGAAGUUUAGUUUUUGGUA